AUGAAUUUAAGCCCGGAGCGCAUUUACAGAACUCUAGCCGACUGUCUUGAAAAGGAGGAGGACAUUGAAUUCGCCAGUAUUAUGGUACAGAAUCUUAACAAUAACCUAAUUACGGCGCCCGAGCUCUCCGGGCUGCGAAAACGACUACGAAACCUGGACACCAGAGAGGGCCAGAUGUUCUUUGUGGCGUUAUUUAGGUCUUGGUGUCAUAACUCUGUCUCCACGUUUUCACUGUGUCUGCUUGCACAAGCAUAUGAGCAAGCCUACAACCUUCUUCAAGUUUUUGCCGAGCUCGAAAUGACUGUCAAUAAUUUGAUCCAAAUCGAUAAGCUGGUCCAGCUUUUGGAGUCACCUGUCUUCACCUAUCUCCGACUUCAACUGCUGGAACCAGAAAGUUAUCCAUACCUCUACAAAUGUCUCUAUGGUGUCCUCAUGCUCCUUCCACAGAGCUCUGCCUUCGCGGCUCUAAAGAAUCGUUUAAAUAGCGUUAGCAACAUUGGCCUUCUCCAUACACCUCGACUUUCCACGAUGGUCUCAGCCUCCGGCUCAAGCGCCUACGAUCGCUCGACAGGCAGCCGCCUCAAACGCGAAGAGAACACCAUCCGCUGGGUCGAACUCCUCGAUAAAUUCAAAACCGUCCAGGAAAAGGCUCGCCGAGCCCUCCGUGCAAGGGAACGUCCCUUCGACGACGGCGUCGCCGGCUUCCAGGGUCAUUCGUUAGCUGCCGCCCUCUCUGCUGCAGACCAAGCGCGGAACAAGGAACGGGCAAACCUCCCCGAUACACCGCGAACAGGCCUAGGUCUUGGAGCCGGUGCCGAGGGACGGCGGAGUCCUGCUGAUAUGGGAACCAAAAAGGUGGUUCUAUCCUAGGUGCUGCGCAUAGACAUAAAACCAGUCUUCCUAAUUUGGGACGACUGGGUAUAGGGAGUAGGAAGUCGAAACGGUAAUCGGGGUCGCUCUGUUGGAAGGUUGAUGCUGUUUGUGACAAUAUGUGCUUGUUUCUGAUGUAGCUACACGGAGGUUGUCUCGUCUGUCGCCG